AUGGUGCGGCGAGUACGAUUGGGAGUCAUUGUCCCAUCGUCCAACACCGUCCUUGAACCCCUCACUCAAGCGAUCGUCGCUUCAAUCAAUCACCCCGACAUAGAGGUGACGGUGCACUUCUCUAGAUUCCGAGUCACCAAAAUCGAUCUCACGGAGGAUGGAAACUCCCAGUUCACAACGAACGCCAUGCUAGCUGCGGCCCAGCUGCUCGCGGAUGCAGAGGUCGAUGUUAUUGGAUGGAGUGGCACAUCUGCAGGCUGGUUAGGGUUCGACAAGGACGAAAGCUUGUGCAGGGAGAUCCACAACGCCACAGGUGUUCCUGCCACCUCUUCGAUCCAGGCUCUCAAUGAGCUUCUCAGAGCCAGUAAAGCCGAGAAAAUGGGCCUGGUCACACCAUAUCUCGGUUCCGUGGUAGAUGCGAUACGCAAGAAUUAUGCUGCCAUCGGCUGGGAAAUCUUCCCAGAGAGAGAACGACAUCUCGAUCUGACCCAGAAUACCGAUUUCGGCCUGGUCACUGAGUCCCAGCUGGAUUCGAUGGCCGCGGACGUUGCCAAGCAGGGCGCCGACGUCGUUGCCAUCUAUUGCACAAACCUCCGAGGUGCGCGCCGGGCAGCAGAAUGGGAGAAAUCCCACGGGGUUGUGGUGCUCGACAGCGUGGCUACGACGGUCUGGGGGAUGCUGAAAAUGGUUGACGUGCCUCCAUCGGCCGUCGUGGGGUGGGGAUCAAUCUUUAGCAUGUAG